AUGUUGUUCCAGAGUCGAAGGUCGUUUUGGAGUGAAAACAGGUUGAUUUUGGGGCUCCAGCAGUUCACACGGCCAAGCCUUAAACUCACACGGCCGUGUGAAGGAGUGACCAGGCCGUGUGAGCUCUCGACAUUUUUCACACGGCCAAAAGUGCAGCUGGCACGGCCGUGUGGAUUGGCCUGGCCUGGCCGUGCGGCCGACACGGGCAAAACAUUUUGUGGCACGGCCGUGUGGAGGAGUGCCCUGGCCGUGUCUGCUCUCGCAGAAUAUGGCACGGCCAAAUGA